AUGAGCAGUUCAAGAUUAAUCAUCUUAAAACGAUUGAAGUUUAGAUGGUCGAUUAUUCUAAGAGUCUUAGAAAAAGAUAUUUCCAUCCUAGCUAGAAUCCAAUCAAGAAUUCCAAUUAGAUUGAAACAUCUUUUUAGAUAUCUUUUCAAUAAUUCAAAAGUUUUUACACUAAAACUAAUUAGUUCAGUUUUAAUAUCGAUAACAAUUCCUGAUGUUAUUUGUAACAUUCUAGUAUUUAAAAAAUUUAAAUCUGUGACACAUUUUCUUAAAAGAAGAUUGUUAUCAUUUAACUCAAAAACAUUAAUUGAAUUGAAGACUCGAAUUUCUAGGUUGAUUAAUUGGAAUUCAUUAUUCUUUUGUAUAUUAAUAUUGAUUUUUUUAAGGAAACAUAAAAAUUCAAAUGACAAGAAAAGAAAUUUCAUUUUAUCAAUUUUACUUGAUAAAAAUAGAUCAAUAAUUAAUAGAAUACCGAUAAUGUUUAUCAUAUUUAAUACUUAUUCAAUCUAUAAAGGUAUUAAGUCGAUAUUUUUAAAAAAAUAUGAAAAAAAUAAUGGGUCGCCAAAGAGAAAACGUAAGUUAUAUUAUGGCAACAAAACAGCUAUGGAGAUGAUUUUAGAUUCUCAGUUUUUUUCAAAUAUUAAACCUAGUAUUAAUUGGAGCCUCUGGUUGAAAUUUAUAAUUAACAACUAUAAUAAUGAUGAUUUUAUAAUGGGCAAUAAUAAAAUGCAAGGACAGGGAAAUUUUGACAAUAGUGCUGAGUCUGAAAGUAGAAAUAAGAAUAAAAAUACAUUUUUUCAUGAUAGAUUCUUAUUACAUGUUGAAAAAUUAAUUAUUAUGUAUUUUUCAUUGACUUUUCUCCAAAAUCAUCAACUUUUACACUCAAAGAUCAAUUUGAACUUGAUCAGAAUAUUAAUUACUCAAUUAGUGACUGAUAAUCUGACUCAAAAAAAUUUAAAUAAAUUGAUUGGAUCAAUAUUUUUAAUGUCUAAUAUGCUGUAA